AAUAAUUUUAACAAAAACAAUAGACGGAUUUUGCCCAAUUUUGUCGACACUUGGUUCUUUUGUUAUCUUUGUCCAUUUUUUUCUCUCUCGCUCUGUUUACUUAAAACGCGGGAAGGAAAGCGAUGCAGAUCUUUGUCAAAACCCUAACGGGGAAGACGAUCACGCUCGAGGUCGAGAGCAGUGAUACCAUUGAUAAUGUCAAAGCCAAGAUCCAGGACAAGGAAGGUAUUCCUCCUGACCAGCAGAGACUAAUUUUUGCUGGUAAACAAUUGGAAGAUGGUCGAACACUUGCAGAUUAUAACAUCCAAAAGGAAUCAACCCUUCACCUCGUCUUGAGGCUUAGGGGAGGUACUAUGAUUAAGGUCAAGACUCUGACUGGGAAGGAAAUUGAGAUUGACAUUGAGCCAACCGACACAAUUGAUCGUGUCAAGGAGAGGGUGGAGGAGAAAGAGGGGAUUCCCCCUGUACAGCAAAGGCUGAUUUAUGCCGGCAAACAGCUAGCAGAUGACAAGACGGCUAAAGACUACAACAUUGAGGGUGGUUCUGUUCUCCAUCUCGUGCUCGCCCUGAGGGGUGGUGGUUACCUGUAAAAGCAUUUAUCUAUCACAUCCUGAAAUUCUGAAUUUUCAGUUUUAUUUUGUUGGCGUGGAUUAAUGGAAAAUAUUUGAGCCCAAGCUUACUUUAUUAAUUA